AUGUUCCAGUGGACAACCGCCAAAAAGACAUUCAAUAAGUGCACCAGAGGAUAUGAAGCCAAAGUGAUCAAUGUAGUAGGGUACUCAAUUCUUCAAAUUGUUCUCGAUCUCACUGUGUUUCAAAUGAUGCUUCGUUAUAUGGUCAGCGAAUGGCGAGGGGAAACCGCGAGUCUCGACAUGAAUCAGGAAAUCGAACCAACCCCAGAAAGAGUCAAAACUCUGGCUUUUUUCUUCUUCCUAACUCUCAUCGGUUCAAUUGUUGCUGUAUACCAACACCCAAUCGGAACAAUGAUGUUGAUUUUUACUCAAGUUUGUGCGACAAUUGCAACAAUCUACCAUCUCACUGUACCAUUCAUGCGCAUUUCAAUCGAAGAGCUUUGGGAUGCAAAAAACAACUAUGCUUACAAUGGAGAUUAUUACACGGCGAUCUAUCACUCUUUCACAACUUUCUGCCACUGCAUUGUCUACAUUUUCCCAACUUUCUUCAAUAUCUGGAUCAUCUACUGUACUUUUGUGGUCAUGCUCGUUUUUUUCGGAUACAAGAUCUUUGACAUCAAAAAAGAGACAGAAACGACGGAAUCUGUAAUCUCUGACUCUACCACAUCCGAAGUAUCUACUCCAAUCCCUCUACCAGUUCAAUUUGCCCCGGCUAAAACGUAUUACUACAGUGACACCAGCUCGACCUCAGAUUAA